AUGUUAGAAGCUGAGGAAGUAGACGAUGACUUCUUUACGCCAGUGGCAAGUACAUCCCUGGCAAGUAUAUUUGGAAAUAUGUCAAAACAAACAGAUAGCAACGAAAAUGAUUCUUUGAAAUAUAUUCCACCAAAACCUCAACAUAUUGUACCAAAGAAAAGAGAACCUUCUAAAGCUUCUGAAUGUAUCUUUGCAUGUGCCCUUAUUGUGCAUGAAUGGUGCAACAAUGUCUAUACAUCUAGAGGGAAGUUAGGAUUUGCCAUAAUAAAGAUUCAGAAAACUGGUGACCAUAACAUUGUACUAUAUGAUUCUGUUAAAACUACACUAUCAAGAACACUAAUUUCACCACAACUUGAAGUAACUAUCAAGAAUAAUUCUUACAUUUCAUAUUAUGAUGCCCUUAGAAAGUAUUGGAGUAUUUAUGGCACAGAUGAAGAAGUAAAAAAAAUUGACGACAUUCUUAAUAGCUUGGGAGCUAAUGUUGUUUAUUCCAAUAAUACAGACAAUGUACCCCAACAACCUAAUAAUUCAGAAAGUGGAACAAUUGCUUCUUUAGAAGAAAAAGAGCAAAACAGAGGUAGUGAUACAGAUUCUUCUGUAAAUAAAAAAACAAAGAUUUCUAUUCUAAACCGUAUGGCUAACAUGGGCCACUCAGUAUUACCAACAAAAAUUCUACCAUUAGAAAAGACUAGCGAUUCCUCAGAUACCAAUGAACCUGAAACACAACCAAAAGUUUUCAGACAUAAAACUUCAAAAUCUUUAAUAAAAAGGAAUAAUGUUGAAAAUAUUGUGUCUGAAUCCCAACAAUUAACUGAAGCUCACCAGAGAAUUAUUGUGCCCAAUACACAACCUGAUAAAAAUGUCACUGUGUAUAGUCAUCAUGGUCAAUUUAUACCCUUAUCUAACACCAGUGUGAUAGCCAACACUAAUAAUGAAUUAAGUAUGUUUAUGGCAGAACAGAGAAUUGGUAAUAGUGAGAUGAGAAUCAAUUUGAAUAGGAUUACUGACAAGGUGGAUUCUGUCUUAAACAAAAUAAAUAGUUUAGAACUUAAAGAUGCCAAUGUACCUACAGAUAUACUUCUAAAGUUGCUCAAAGAAUAUGAAAAUAAAAUUAAAGCAUAUGAAGAAUUGCUAAGGUCAAGAGGCAUAGAUGAGAAAAAUAAUAUAGAGGAGCAAUUAAAAGUGAAAGAUAAAGAUGUUGAAAGAAUUAAAAAUAAAAUGUCUGAAGUGGAAAAUGUAAAUACUGUCCAAACUAAUGAAAUUAGUAAGCUUCAAAAACAGAUAAGAGUUUUAGAAGAACAAAAUAUACAUGAAAAGCAAAUUCAAACCAGCAGAGAAAAUGAACUUAUGAUAAAAAUUAACAUCUUAGAAAACAGAUUAGAAGAGAAAAAUAAACAAUUGAGUGAUAUAACAAGUAGUGAAUCUACAAAAACUGACCCCAAUGAUGAUAACACAGAAGAUAAAGUAAAAAACAUUAUGAAUAAUACAUUCCAGACCAUAUCAAUGAACUUCGAGAACAGUAAUACUUACACUGGUGAAACUAUUAAAAGAAUUGUAGGAACUGUGAUAAAGAAAAUUACUAUUAAUGCAUUAAGUGAACUGAAAAAUAGCUAA